AUGAAGUUCGACACAUCCAUCAUUCUCGCCACAUUGGCUGCUGCGGCCGUCGCGGCUCCGGCUCCAUAUGACGGUGUUGCCAGGCGCUAUGUCGACACAACUGGCAACAAAUUGCCAGCAGAAUACGCCGCCUCUGUGCGCCGCAUGGUCUCAGAGAAGGCCAACAACAAGCGACAGCUCGACCAGCUCCUAGGCGGCCUUCUCGGCGGCAAGGGAGACGCUGGUGCUGCAGGUGCUGGUGCAGGCGCUGGUGGUGCUGGCGGCCUCGCUGCUCUCCUCGGCGGCGCUGGAGGCAACGCCAACGCUGCUGGAGCCGGAAAUGCCGCUGGAGCUGGAAACGCCGCUGGAGCCGGAAACGCAGCAGCGAACGGUAAAGCCAAGGGCAACGGUGCAAAUGCUGGCGCAGCCGCCGGUGCUGGCAACGCUGCGAACGGCAAGGCCAAGGGUCAGGCCAAGGGAGCUGCUGGUGCCGGUGCUGGAGCUGGUGCGGUUGCUGGUGGUGCAGCAAACAACGGCACUGCCGCUGCUGGAAACGCCGCGGCAGGAAACGGAGCCGCAAACCUGGCUGGCGGCAAGGCCAAGGGCAAUGGUGCUGCCGCGAACGCUGGCAAAGCCAAGGGCAACGGUGCGGGAGCUGCUGCUGGAGCUGGAAACGGUGCCGCAAACGCAGGCAAGGCCAAGGGCAACGGCGCAGGAGCUGCAGCUGGCGCCGGAAACGGUGCCGCAAACGCAGGCAAGGCCAAGGGCAACGGCGCAGGAGCUGCAGCUGGCGCCGGCAACGGCGCUGCCAACGCUGGAAACGCCGCCAAUGCUGGAAACGGUGCAGCCAACGCUGGCAAGGCUAAGGGUAACGGUGCUGGAGCUGGUGCUGGAGCGAAUGCUGGUAACAACGCUGCCAACAACGCCAAUGCUGGAAACGCUGCCAACAACGCCAACGCUGGAAAUGCUGCCAACAACGCCAACGGUGCGGCAAAUGCUGCCAACGGUGCCAACGCUGGAAACGCUGCCAACGCUGCCAACGGUGCAAAUGCCGCCAACGCCAACGGAGCCAACGCUGCCAACGGAGCCAACGCUGCCAACGGUGCAAAUGCCGCCAACGGUGCAAACGCUGCCAAUGGAGCCAACGCUGCCAACGGUGCGAACGCUGCCAACGGAGCCAAUGGCGGAGCCCAGAAGCAAGGCAGCGCAGCCGGCGCCGCCGACUCUGCCGCCGCCGAUGCUCAGGAGGAGGACUAG